AUGCAACCUCGACGGAACAUGAGCGCUUCCUAUUGUUAUGAUCAAAUAUACAAUCUGUCACCACAACCUCCACGGCAAAAUUUUCGAAUCACCAUCAAAAAUUCUGCAGUUCAACAUGAAGACCGCUCGAAAGAUCGAACUACACCAGUCCGAAUGGAUCUUGCCACAACUCCUUCCCCGAUUCCACCCCCAGCUUAUAGAGGACCACAAUCAGAGUACAACCGACUAUUCCGAGAAGUCGAAGCAGCAGCGAGAAGGAGACCUCAAGAAGGAGAGACAUGGGAAGAGGUCCGCGAAAACACUCAGAUGGCCUGGACGCGUUUGUUGGCUUUUGAAAGCAACAAAAAAGAAUUGGAUUACCUGGAUAAAGCUGCUGAAGCUGCAGUCGACAAGCUCUGUCCGAACUGGAAAGAACCAGGCUAUAAGCCACCAGUCAGAACUCGUUCAUCGUCGAGAGAACCACGAAAAGAUGAACCUCCAAUUCCAAAAGGAGAGUUCCGUCGGCACAGUGAACUCUCCAGAGUGGUUCGCAAGCCACGAUCAGAUGCGCAUCGAUUUGAUUUGUCCAUUUAUUGUCAACACCGAGCCCGCGACCCAUAUCCAAAGCCAAGUAAACGAGGUCGUUCUCGUUCCCGACCUCGUAAUCGCAAUCGUCGUCAGAAGUUGGCGGAACAGAACUAUGAAUCGACCUUCGGAUACAAUGCGGGAUAUUUCUAA